AUGUCGUCCGAUCCCGUUGAAGCCCCCUCAUUGCGGAGGGCGAGUACAUCGCAUGAUAAUAAUUUUGACGAUUCGUUUCUGGGACGGGUGCGGUCGUUCUUCAAUCGAGAUCGCCAUGUCGGCGUCGUAAGCCAUAAUGAUAUCCGCGACCAAGAGAUUGAGCUUCACACGUGGAAUGGGAAAGAUGAUCCAGAUAACCCGUUCAAUUGGAGCACAUCCUACAAAUGGACGUUGACCAUCACAGUCUGCAUAAUAUCAAUCCUCACGGGUAUUCCCGCUGGAUCCUAUGGCGCAGGCAACGACUACAUGGCCGAGCGCUUCCAUGUGCAGAAUGAGCCAUUUCCGAACCUCGCCUGGGCUACAACCUCAUGGAACAUGGGCGCCGCCUUCUGGCCGCUGAUCUUCGUUCCCUUGACGGAAUCGUCCGGCCGCAUGCAGGUCGUGACCCGCUUCUUCGGCGGAGGUGCCUCGUCCGUAGCCAUCAACAUCGUAGGUGGGAGCAUCAGCGACGUCUGGUACGGCGACAAAGCCCGAAGCGUGCCCAUGUCCCUAUUCGGACUGACGAGCGUCAUCGGUAUCGCACUGGGACCGUUUGUGGGGUCCGCAAUCCAAGCGAUUCAUAAAAAUGACCCAUGGCGAUGGAUCUUCUACAUCCAAAUAAUCUACAACGCAGGCCUAAUCCCUGUCUUCUGGUUCCUCUUGUACGAAACACGAGCAGACGUGAUCCUCGCCCGGCGCGCAAAGAAACUCCGCCGCGAAACAGGACGUCCCAUCUACGCCGAAGCGGAACUCGACCACACAAGCAUCUGGAAACUCCUCCAAGUAUCGUUCGAACGGCCGACCCGCAUGCUGCUCACUGAACCCGUAGUCGCCUUUUUCACCCUCUGGAUCAGCUUUGCCUGGGGCAUCCUCUUCCUCUUCUUCAGCAGCGUCGUGCAGACCUUCUCCACGAACUACGGCAUGAACACCCUCCAAACGGGCCUCAUCCAACUGGCCAUCUCCGUCGGCGCCCUAAUCGGCACCCUCGUCAACCCCCUCCAGGACAUGAUCUACUUGCGCUCUGCAUCCCGCAACAAAGAGAACCCCGGCGUCCCCAUCCCCGAAGCCAGACUCUACACCUCCAUCCCGGGGAGUCUGCUAUUUGCCGGGGGAUUAUUCUGGUAUGGGUGGAGCAGUUUCCCGCACGUGCAUUGGAUUGUCCCGACGUGCGGCGUUGCGGCGACAGGACUGGGCAUUUAUUCCAUCUACAUGGCUGUUGUCAAUUAUCUGACGGAUGCGUACGAGAAGUAUGCUGCUUCGGCGUUGAGCGCGGCCAGUCUGGGGAGGAACUCGUUCGGGGCGUUCUUGCCGCUGGCGAGUUAUCAACUUUUUGAGAACUUGGGGUAUGGGUGGGCUGGGAGUUUAUUGGGGUUUAUUGGCGUGGCGUUGAGUGUUGUUCCUGUUGUUUUGGUGCUGAAGGGGCCUGAGAUUAGGAGGCGGAGUCCGUUUAUGAGGGAGUCAACUUUUGCUGGGGCGGAGGCGAAGCCGGAUUUGCAGAAGAGUGAGAGUUCUGGGGGGAGGUUUGUGGAUGGGCCGGUUGAUGUUCGCAAUACUGGUAGAUAA